AUGACCAGUAUCACAAUCAAUGGCAACACGGUUAAAUCGGAUGAAAUUCCCGACCACGUCCCGCAAACCGCCCAAGGCACCAACUUCAUCUUGGUUCAAGGCCGAUAUCGUGAUUUCAAUGCCAAUGAGAAGAAAGAAUUGGCGGAUCUGAAGGUGGAGAUCCAAGAAUACGUCGCGGAGCAUACGUACCUGUGCCGAUACAUGCCAAAAGAUCUUGAUCCAAUCCGAGCGAAGCCUUAUGUCAAGAACGUCACCAUCUAUCUUAGAGAGUUCAAAACUACCCUUUCAUUGAAAGAUACCGUCGAGAGAGAUGAGAACCGGACAAACUACGAGAUAGACUGCAUUCUUCACGACAACCCCAACGUGAACGCCAGGGACUUGGCGCCACAUAUCGCAACAGCGGCAGGGGCUGAUAUCAAAAAGUUGGAAAUCUGUCCCAGCAGAAUCAGGCUCACUGUGCACCAGGACAAGCUCCAAGAGCUUGUGAAGCUUGACAGUGUGAACAGAAUAGAAGAGGUACGACCAGACGAGCUAUUCAAUGAUCAGGCCCGAGGCACUCUAAACGCCGAUAUGCUGGCAUUGUCCACGGCAUACCAAGGCGCAGGCCAAAGAAUUUGUGUAGCAGACACAGGCUUCGACCAAGGCAAGAUCAGCGACGAGCCCCCCAUCGAAGUUCAUCCGGCGUUUGCAGGUAGUCUUGAACAUUUAGACUUUCUGUAUCCCGAUGAAAAGUACGCAGACCCCAGAGACCCGGUUGGUCACGGCACUCACGUAUGUGCGUCGAUUUGUGGGAGCGGGAUCUACAAGCACCCUGAGUUGGGCAAUAUCAGCGUGAGAGGAACCGCGCCGUCUGCUAAGCUAAUGGUGCAGUCCAUAUCAAAAUGGGAUACGGAUUGGAAGAAAUGGAUCAUCAAGGUUCCUGUCGACCUUUUUAGGGAUCUAUUCUCGAAACCGUACGGUCUUGGGGUUCGUAUUCACAGCAACUCUUGGAGUAAGGCUUGGGAUGAGACAAGCGGUCAAAUCGACUACGAAGCUCAAGCAACCGACAUUGACAGAUUUAUUUAUGAGAAUCCGGAUUUCACUAUUCUCGUCGCAGCGGGCAACCAUGCCGACAAAACGAAGAAAUGGGGGAGUCAGAUUGGCGCGGCUAGUGCAGCCAAGAACGCCAUCACCGUAGGAGCCACUGGUUCCUCGAGAGCUAAUGAUGGGCAGCGUUUCGUUGGCAUUCCUGGUGCAAAACCAGUCACCAAAGUCAAUGACACGGCAAUCUUCAGCAGCCGUGGGCCUACUAAGCCCAGCCUUGACAAGGAUGGCAAGCCCUUUUCCGGUCGCAUCAAGCCAGAUAUCGUAGCACCGGGCGUUGCCAUACUGUCAGCAGCAUCAAGGGCUGUGAGCAAAUAUGACGCUGUGAGAACAAGAUUUGGGCCGUCGGCUGACAUAGACUGGCUCUUUAUGUCGGGCACGAGCAUGCCUACGCCGCUCGUCGCCGGUUGUGUUGCUUUGCUCCGCGAAGCCCUGCAGAGACACGGAAAGCAGCAUCCCAGCUCUUCUUUGAUAAAAUCCCUGCUGGUCAACGGCGCGGUGAACUACUCUGAAGCUUGUGGUCUUGGUCUAGGCUACGACUACGAGCAGGGCUUUGGGCGUGUCGACGUUGACAGCUCUAUUGCCAUGAUUGCGGCUUCCUCGUUUAUCGAGGGUGGUAGUCUGCUAGAGGCUACGCAAUUCGAUGUGUCCGCUUUACGCCAAAUUCCAGAGACAGAGAAGCGAUGGGCGAGUGCUGAAAUCCCCGUGCCCAGCGGUCGCAAUAGGCUCGUCGUCACUCUUGCAUACCCUGAUCCGCCAGGUAGUUUGUUGCAAAACGACUUGAAUCUCAUCGUGCUGUCGGCGGGUGCUGAAAGGCACGGUAACAUGGGAAAGGGCAAGGAGUUCGACCACAUCAACAAUGUUGAGAAAGUCAUCUGGGACAAUGUCCCGGGAGCUUCAUUCAAGAUUGUUGUCCGUGUUUCCAAUAAUGUCAAACCAGAGUCUAGAGCAACCUUCGCUGUGGCGUGGGACAUUCGGGCUAUGGCCAAGAUAUAG